GUGAAGCUUGGAACAUCGUCGCGCCCAGCGAAUCUGAAUGGGCGAAAUAGGUGGAGGGGAAUAAUGAGGGGCGAUAUGGCGGGAGAAAAGUCUGACAGUGACAAAGUCAACAUCACUCAAGCUUGAAGGGGCAAACAUCGAGAACGUUUUGGCAAAGGGUUUUGGUGGCAAGUACGAGGAACAUGCGAAUCGGUGCGACAGAUAUUCAACUUCCUUUUGAACGAUGGGUUUUGCGGCACAACGAGAACACUGAACUGGCUCGGGGGGCAUUUACUUCUCACAUGAGGGUAUAUACGACCCAUCCCUCGAACGAGAAACAUGUCUUCUAUGUCCGACACAUUUACAUCGGUCAUCUUGCAAAAGCAUUCGCCUUGCGUGAAGCGCCGAAGACGAUUACUAACGGGAAGAACAAACUGACUAGUGCAUCCAAAGGUCGUGGCUCGCGUCCCGCUAAACCCACAAAGCAACACGAUGCCGGCAGUGUAGAGCAUUGGAUGCAAAAUAUUGUCCGUGUGCAGGGCUGGCUGUCGAAGAAGACUGGUAAGAUGGUUAGCAGUGGGACCGACAAGUUCCAGAUUGCAUCAGGCACUGCUUUGGAUUUACUUGUCCAUGGCGAUCGAUUGUAGUCGGAUGGCAGGGUUUUCGGUUUCUUUGUUCUAUACAGCACUGGCGACAUGUUGCUUUACCGGGCCAUGAAAUUAUACUUGAUCCAAACAACAGAUGAAA